UGCUGUGUGUCUAUUCGCGGAGGUCGUGUGUGGAGGUGGUGGGUGCCGGUAAUUGCGUUUAAGGCUGUCCAGCAGCGUAUAUACUGCUUUUGAAGCGUGUUUCGUGCAUCCUGCACUGCUCAUAGCCAUCUUCAGCUGUAAUAGGACAGAGACUUUGGUAAAACAAGGUGCUACUGCGGGCUGUGGCGCGCUCGAACCGAAGAAGGGAUCUAUUUCGCAUUGCUUUCGGUGGUCAUCUGGAGCGUCUUUCGGCAAGAUGAUGUCCAUCUAUAGGACCCUGAAUCUUGCGCUUUCUGGCUCCAAGGCCGGCCUGGGAGGGGCGGCGGCGCGCCUCUCCUCCAGCUGGACCGGCCGCGAGGCGCUGCGAGACGACGACCCCGAGAUGUGGCAGCUGCUGGCCGAGGAGAAGGACCGCCAGCUGCACGGACUCGAGCUCAUCGCUUCCGAGAACUUCGUGAGUCGCGCCGUCCUGGAGACGAUGGGGUCGUGUCUGCACAACAAAUACUCGGAGGGAUAUCCUGGCCAGAGGUACUACGGCGGCACCGAGGUGGUGGACAAGGUGGAGCUGCUGUGCCAGGAGCGCGCGCUGCAGGCCUACCGGCUGGACCCGGCCCGCUGGGGCGUCAACGUGCAGCCGUACUCGGGCUCGCCGGCCAACUUCGCCGCCUACACGGCCGUGCUGAAGCCGCACGACCGUCUGAUGGGGCUCGACCUGCCCGACGGCGGACAUUUGACGCACGGCUUCAUGACGGAGACCAAGCGGAUCUCGGCCACGUCCGUCUACUUCGAGUCGAUGCCGUACCGGCUGGACCCGUGCACGGGCACCAUCGACUACGACAAGCUGCAGGAGACGGCGCGUCUCUUCCGGCCCCGGCUGGUGAUCGCUGGCACGAGCGCCUACUCGCGCCUGCUCGACUACCAGCGCUUCAGGCAGAUCUGCGAUGACGUGAAGGCGUACCUGCUGGCGGACAUGGCGCACAUCUCCGGUCUGGUGGCCGCCGGCGUUAUCCCCAGCCCGUUCGACUACGCUGACAUGGUCACCACCACCACACACAAGACACUGCGCGGCGCCAGGGCCGGCCUCAUCUUCUACCGACGCGGCGUGCGCUCCGUGGACCCGAAGACGGGCCGCGAGCUGAUGUGGGACCUGGAGAGCCGCGUCAACCAAGCCGUGUUCCCCGCGCUGCAGGGCGGGCCGCACAACCACGCCAUCGGCGGCGUGGCCGUCGCGCUCCGGCAGGCGCAGACGCCCAUGUUCCGGGCGUACCAGGAGCAGGUGCUGAAGAACGCCAAGGCCAUGUCGGAGGCGCUGACCAAAGCCGGCUUCUCGCUGGUGUCGGGCGGCACAGACAACCAUCUGGUGCUGCUGGACCUGAGGCCGAAGCAGCUGGAUGGCGCGCGCGUCGAGAUGGUCUGCAACCUCUGCAACAUUACUGUCAACAAGAACUCGGUGCCGGGCGACAAGUCGGCGCUGAACCCGGGUGGCCUGCGCCUCGGCGCUCCCGCCCUGACCUCGCGCGGCCUGACCGAGAGCGACUUCGAGCGGGUCGUCGCGCUGAUCAACGAGGCGGUCGAGAUCGCCACUCAGCUCAAGACCAAGACCGGCAAAAGUCUGAAGGACUACCGGGCGGCGCUGGCGAGUGACGCCGAAAUCAUCGACAAAGUGGCCGACCUGAAGCGGCGCGUGCGCCACUUCGCCGCACAGUUCCCCAUGCCCGGCUUUGACGAUCAUUAAGGCGCGACCGGUGCCAUAGCCGCUUCGCCAGCUCGGGGAUUUGCGAGGCAUCGGUGGAUUGAAGUUGUAAAGGCGGCGCAGUGCCGUCAUCGCGGUGCUGUAACGCAUUGUCGGGAUCGUCGCGAGUUUUGUGGUACAUGAUCUUUCAUGUUUCCAAAAACAGACCUUAGGUACAGUAUGUCGUAGUGUAGCUGCUUUAGAAGCUACCCGACUAAGUGUUAUUUUGUGAAUAUUAUUUUUACCUAUUCCCUUUCGUAGAGGGUGGUUUCUAUCAUUCUGCUUAACCAUGGCAUCACUAAGUCAUUUACGCCCCUGCGUUGAUUAAACUAGUGCGACGGCUGGUGCAGAGCGUGUAGGAGGUCUGGGGUAUUUUUAAGUGCGUAACGCCGCCCCGCCGGCGCGGUAACAUUGUAAUGGCCUCGCUCGCUGCUCUGCGGCUAGCGGCGUUCACUUCUGGCCACGCGCUGGCGCCUGGGUAUCAUGGGUAGAACUUUGUAUCUCCGUGAGGAGCCAUGCCCCACAUGUUGAGCCCCCUCCCCCCCCCCCCCCCACACACACAGUAGCACCGCAGCUUCCCAAAGAUGGACUCCGCCACCCCUACUGACGAAGUUACACCAGCGCUGGGUAUUGGUGUGCAGUCGGCACCACGGACACCCAGCUGGCCCCCGCGGACUUGGCUGUGUUCUGUAAACGGCAUUGGCAUCGGAGCUUGCGGGUAUGUUACAUACCACUGCCAGGCGUAUCGCGGUUGGCGGCGCACGCUCAGGUCAGCACUGCGCCGGGCUCGGCCGGCCCGACGGACGAGCUCGCUCCCGCCUCGUG